AUGGAAGAAAUUGAAAAUAUUAUGGAUGAUUUAUCGUUCCAGAACAGAAAGUUAGAGGAAGGUUCAGCUAAAGAAGCCUCGCUGCAAUAUUUCUGUCGUCAUGUUUCAGAGUACAAGAUGACAGCUGUUCCGAGGGGCAUCUGCCUCAUCAUUAACAAUAAAAGCUUCAAGAAAGGCUUCCCGACGCGUCGAGGUGGUGUGGACAUCGACGUCGACAAUCUGACCGAGUUGUUCACUAAACUCCAGUUCACCAUAAACCUGCAGACAGAUUUAACUUCCGUCGAUAUGAUGAAAAAACUAAAAGAGUACGCCGAACAAGAUCACACAGAGUACGAUGCCUUCGUUUGUUGCAUCCUCACAAAUGGAACAGACUACGGUGUCGCUGGUAGCGAUGGUAAAAUAGUGAAAGUGCAAGAUCUUUCUUCGUUGUUCCACGCAUCAAAGUGCCCCACGUUGGCAGGGAAGCCCAAACUGUUCUUCAUCCAAGCAUCAGAGGAGGCAAUUUCAUGA